GUUAAUGUGCGUGGUGUGUGUGAUGUGUGUAUCUUGUGUGUGCGUGGCACUGGUGUGUCAGAGGAGGAGUCAGAUGCGCCUCCAUUGCGCAAACACUCGCCUCCGGACCGACACCAGUAACUUCAGUCCCUGAUGUCUCUUUAACGUGACUCCGUGUCCGCCGCUGACUCUCUGCUCCGGCUGUGAAGUUUUGGUUCUUGAAGUUUUUUGCUCCUGGAUGAAUCCGGGUUUUCCUGCGCGCACCGCUGAGCUUCCAACAGGUGUCGAGAGUGAACAUGUCCAGCGAGAGAGGAGCGAAUGCUGCAGACAAAUCUUCACACAUGACCCUGAAAGAGUGUCUGGACGAGUGCAUGGAGGCUCUGGACCUCUUCCUCAACAACCACUUCAACGAGAGCCUGGACAUGCUGCGGCCGAGAGUGAACGACAGCAUGUACCACGCUCUCAUCUACGCCACGGUGCUGGAAAUGCAGGCCAUGAUGACGUUCCAGCACGAUGACAUCACCAGAGCCGGACACACCAUGAAGAGUGCCCAGGAGGUCUGUCAGAGGUUUCGACGGAAAUCCCCGGGUUUGACGAACAAGUCUGACGGAGAAUCGCUCACGGAAGUGCAGCUUCACGCAGAAGUGUGUUACGCAGAGUGUCAACUCCAAAGAGCUGCUCUCACCUUCCUACAGGAUGAGAACAUGGUGAGUUUCAUCAAAGGAGGGAUGAAAGUACGAAACAGCUACUUGAUUUACAAAGAACUACACACCCUCAUUAAAUCCAACACGUGUCUCAAAGGACCCAGUCACCUGCACUUAGCGGGAGGAAUCUCGUUUGGAAUCGGGGCUUUUAAUCUGACACUCUCUCUGUUUCCUCCACGGAUACUCAGGCUUCUGGAGUUUGCGGGCUUUUCGGGAGACAAGGAAUAUGGUCUGUCCCUGCUGCAUGACGGAGCCACAGGGAUGAACCUGCGCUCCAUGCUGUGUGCUCUGCUCCUGCUCUGCUACUACACCUUCCUCACGUUCAUACUAGGUAGAACGGGUGAAGGAGAAGUCGCUGAAGCUGAACGGCUGCUGAAACCUUUUCUGCGUCUCUACCCGCGGGGAGCAAUAUUCCUCUUCUUUGCAGGAAGGACUGAAGAAAUCAAAGGGAACAUUGAUGAGGCGGUGGCGCUGUUUGAAGAUGGCUGCAAGGCCCAGCAGACGUGGAAGCAGUUCCACCACAUGUGCUACUGGGAGCUGAUGUGGUGCUUCACCUACAAGCGAGCGUGGAAGAUGGCGUACUUCUACGCAGACCUGCUGAGCCAGGAGAGCCGCUGGUCCAAGGCCAUGUAUGUGUACAUGAAAGCUGCGUACCUCAGCAUGCUGCCGAAGGAGGAGGCCAGGCCGUUUGGAGAGGACGAAGUAGAACUCUUCAGACAAGUGCCCACCUUCAAGCAGAAGAUCGCAGGAAAGUCUCCCCCGACUGAGAAGUUUGCAAUUCGUAAAGCCAGACGCUACAAGGCGUCGUGCCCAGUCAGGCUACCGGUGCCAGUGCUGGAGAUGAUGUACAUGUGGAAUGGUUUCAGUAUGAUCAGCAAACGGCCGGAGCUGACGGAAGGCCUGAUGCAGACUUUGCUGGAUGCAGAGCGCAGCCUGCAGGAGUCUCCAGAAAAUGAGUAUUCAGUGGACGACCGCUGCCUGAUCCACCUGCUGAAGGGUCUUUGUUGGAAGAACCAGGGUCACCUGAAAGAUGCUGAGGAGAGCCUAAAGAGAGUGUGUUCCAGUGAGAAGAAGAUCAGGUUUGACCACUACCUGGUGCCCAACUCUGUGGUGGAGCUCAGCCUGCUCUACAUAGACCAAGGCCGAAGGGACGAGGCUAUCAAGCUGCUGCACAAGGCCAAACAAAACUACAAAGAUUACUCGAUGGAGUCUCGCACUCAGUUCAGGAUUCACGCCGCUCUGGCCAAACUCAAGGCGGACCCAGGUGAAGACGAGGACACUCACCUGUGAGACGACAGCAGAGGCUCCUCUCACACCAAGCUCUUCCAUGUCCCUCACAUGUCAGCUUUGUUUUUCAUAAAGUGAAUACUAAGUAUUUAACGUGUGCUGGUUCACCCUUUCAGCCACUUUUAUAAACUGAAUAUUUGGGAGGAGCUGACUCGUCCACUCUCAAAGAUCAACAUUUAAAGUCCAGGGACCUUGAACUUCACCGAUAAGUUAACACUUGUAUUUUAUGGUCAAUGUUUUUAUUGUUUACACUAAAAAUUUAAAAACUCUAAAUCUUAAUCAACUGAUUUGAGUCACUCUGAAUAUCAAAUGCAAUUAAUUUUAAGACCUAAUAAAUUGUAUGAUAAGUUCGCAGCCUGAGCUGCUUGUAAUUGUCUCGCCAACAUACUGUAGAGCACCGUUGUUAGAAUGUUCAUGGUAUUUCUCACACAGCUGUAAACAUUUGAUGCAAUGUUUUGAAAACUAAUUUAGAUAUUAGCUAAAGGACUUGAAUUAUUUUUAUCACGCAGAGUCAGCAGCUUCUGCUCUGACUCACAUCAGCAGCUGGAGCCUCUGUGUGUUUGAAACAUCUGGAUCAGUGUGUGCACGUUACAAAGACUUUUAAAUGUAUUA